AGCUUCCCUGCAGCCACAGCUGCCUCCAGCACCGUUGGAGCUGCAAGGGAAGCCUCAUUGCAGAGGGAAGCCGAGCCCUCCUGCCCCCCACUUUGCUCACUGUGGAAUACCCCAUGGGGCCUCCUCAAGGCCCUGUUAUGAGGGCGCCCAGAUUCGGCUGAAGGCCAGGCUAUCCCCAGGGUCACUGCUGGAGGAAUCGCUUGGGCUCCUUCCACCGGCUGAGAGGAGCUGCUCAGUCGGAGGGUCCCCGAGCUUGCCAAGGUCCCAGAGCCCUUUGGGGGGCUCUGUGCCUCCGUGCUGGGGCCAGCAGCGGGGAGGGCUGGGUCCCCAGGAGCCGGUGCGCACUUUCCUGUCCCUGUGCCUGGGAAUGCGCCUGCUCCUGCGUUCCUGCAGCUACAUGUGCACACGUGUGAGUGCUCUUCACCCCCCCCCCCCCGUCCCUCCGUGAGCCUGCCGGGGGGCUGGGGCAGCGGAUUUCAACAUCUCUGAGGAAUCCGGGCAGCGGGCCAGGUGAUGAGUCACACAGGCUGCAGAGAUGGAGACGGCCCCUCCGGCUGCAUGUGAACAAUGUCCCACCCUGAAGCAAGAGGGACUGAAGCUAGAGGCCAAUGGUGACUCCCCAACCAACAUGACAGGUUUUAAUCUCAUUAAGAGGUUUGCCCUCAUGAAGGUCUCAGCCAUCAAGCGGAUUCGGAACCCAAAAGGACCCUUCAUUCUGCGCUUGGGGAAUGCCCAGCUUGCUCUCCCCACAGCCCAGGUGUUCCCUGGGGGUGUCCCUGACCAGUUUGCAAUAGUGUUGACCCUUCUGCUGAAAAAACAGACAAGCAAAGAUACCUGGUAUUUAUUGCAAGUGACUGAUAAAGAUGGAUACCCACAGAUCUCCUUGGAGGUCAACAGUCACGAGAAGAGCCUGGAGUUCCGGGCCCGGGGCUUGGAUGGCGACUUUGUGUCCUGCAUCUUCCCUGUGGCCCAGCUCUUUGACCUGCACUGGCACAAAUUGGUGCUGAGUGUGACUGGGCGUGUGGUUUCAGUCCAAUUGGACUGCACCUCCGUAUCCUCCCAACCUGUGGGUCCCCGGCGUGCCGUGCUUCCUGAGGGCCAUGUCCUUCUGGGUGUGGAUGCUGAGCAAGGCAAGCCUAUCUUCUUUGAUUUGCAGCAGGCACACAUCUACUGUGACCCUGCCCUGGUGAUGGAAGAAGGGUGCUGCGAGGUCUCACCAGCUGGGUGCCCUCAGGAGGCCUCCAAGGCCCGACGGGACACCCAGAACAACGAGCUCAUUGAGAUCAGUCCACAGGCGGAGGGCAAAGUCUACACUCGAUGCUUCUGCCUGGAGGAGCCGCAGGGCAGCAAGGUGAACGCUCAGCUCUCAGGAAAUGCUGAAAUCAAGAAAGAGAGGGGAAGUAAGGACGCCUCCUGGGUACAGAAGGCUAUGCCAGCUGAUGAGUGCCCACCUUGUGCCAGCCAUGCCGUGGAGAAUGUCACACUGGGUCCUCCUGGUCUCAAGGGGGGGAAAGGAGAACGGGGUUUGCCUGGCUCCGAAGGACCCAAGGGAGAGAAAGGAGCUCGGGGCUCUGAUUGUGUCCGGACUUCCCCAGAGGCCCCUCUCCAGUGUGCUGAAGGCCCCAAAGGUGAAAAGGGAGAUCGAGGAGACUCGGGUCCUGCAGGAAUUACUGGAUCGACUGGACAGAAGGGCCAGAAAGGAGAGAGAGGAGACGCUGGCUUCAAGGGCUCAGUGGGGAAGCCUGGCCGAGACGGCCGGCCCGGGGAAAUCUGUGUCAUCGGCCCCAAAGGGCAAAAGGGUGAUCCCGGCUUCGUGGGACCAGAAGGGCUGGCUGGAGAGCCGGGGCCCCCAGGACUGCCAGGACCCCCUGGGAUUGGGCUGCCAGGAACACCUGGGGAUCCUGGUGGCCCAGCGGGUCCAAAAGGAGACAAGGGAAGCUCUGGAUCUCCCGGGAAAGAAGGUCCAGGGGGAAAGCCUGGAAGACCAGGAACGCCAGGACUGAAAGGGGAAAAGGGUGACCCCUGUGAGGUGUGUCCUACUCUGCCAGAGGGGAUCCAGAACUUCAUGGGACUUCCAGGAAGACCGGGCCCAAAGGGGGAGCCGGGAGAACCCGGCCUGCUGAAGGAUUACCUGGGCAGUGCUAUGGGCCGGAAGGGCAACCGGGGAGAGCCUGGCAUCAGUGGGAUGAAGGGUGAAAAGGGGGAGCCAUGUUUGCCCUGCAGCCCAGGUGUAGAUGCUCAGAACUUAGUGGGGCCUAAGGGAGACGUGGCCUUCCCAGGCUUUGGACUGCCUGGCCUUCCGGGGAAAGCUGGGGCACCAGGGCCAACAGGGAUUAAAGGAGAGAAGGGUAACUUUGGUGAGAUGGGGCCAAUUGGCCAACCGGGAACCCCUGGGACCAUGGGACCUGCUGGCAUUAAAGGGGAGAAGGGGGAGCCGUGUGAGCAGUGCCCUUCCACAUCAGAGCCUUCUGGCAGGGCUCUCCCUGGGCCUCCCGGUGAGAAAGGGGAACCAGGCCAACCUGGGAGUGGCCAGCCCGGAAAGCCGGGUAAAGCAGGGGAACCUGGAUUGAAGGGACAAAAGGGUGACGCAGGUAAUCCAGGAGACCCUGGGAAGCCGGGCACUGAGGGACAGCCAGGGCUGUCCGGACAGCCGGGGAUCAGGGGUCGCCCAGGGCCGAAAGGAGAAAAAGGAGAUGCCUGUGUCGCCUGCCCCACGCUGCAGGGAGAGUUCACAGAUGUCGCUGGAGUUCCUGGGAGACCAGGGCCCAAGGGAGACCAGGGCCCGGAGGGCGUGGGCCGUCCUGGCAAACCGGGACAGCCUGGCCUGCCUGGUGUUCAAGGCCCACCUGGGCUCAAAGGUUUGCAGGGUGAUCCAGGGCCUCCAGGGCUGUCGGUCCAAGGUCCUCCGGGAGAGGCUGGUGACCAGGGUUUGCCAGGUGCCAUGGGACCUCCAGGACCUCGGGGCCCACCCGGCUACGCUGGAGAGAAGGGCGCCAAGGGUUCUGCUGGGCUGAAAGGGGCUGUGGGACCCCCAGGCCCCACGGGCCUCAGUGUCACCGGCCCCCCGGGCCGGGACGGGGCUCAAGGGCAGCCAGGGCUGCCGGGGGCCAGCGGGACACCGGGAGAAAAGGGAGCACGUGGAGAAAAGGGUGACCCAGGGGAGUGCUCCUGCCCCCCCGGUUCCCGAGGAGAAGCUAUCUUCUCCGGCAUGCCGGGUGCUCCAGGACUUUGGAUCGGCAGCUCUUGGCAGCCGGGCCCUCAGGGUCCCCCAGGAGUCCCCGGACCUCCAGGACCCCCUGGAAUGCCUGGACGGCAGGGAAUACCUGGCCACAACGGUUUGCCGGGACUGCCUGGGCCUGCCGGAGACUUGGGCCCCCUCUCAGCAGAGGCUGAAAGACACAUUCUGAAGAACAUCUGUGGGGACUGUGCACAGGCUCAGACGGGCCUUCCCACCCCGAGCCUGAUGAAGGGAGAGAAGGGCGACCAGGGCACUCCCGGCGUUCCGGGCAUCGACAACUGCGCCCGGUGCUUCUUAGAACGGGACCGCCCGCGAGCUGAGGAGCCCCCCGGAAACGGAGAGGGAGACCUGGGGUGUGCUGGGAGCCCAGGCCAGCCCGGCCCUCCAGGACUUCCAGGACAGAGAGGAGAAGAGGGCCCACCCGGGAUGAGAGGCUCCCCAGGGCUUCCAGGGCCCAUUGGCCCCCCAGGUUUCCCUGGCGCUGUUGGCUCCCCCGGAUUACCUGGUCUCCAGGGAGAACGUGGUCUUACCGGGCUGACGGGAGACAAGGGGGAGCCGGGCCCACCAGGACAACCAGGCUACCCAGGUGCCAUGGGGCCUCCGGGACUGCCUGGCAUCAAGGGAGAGCGAGGCUACACGGGUCCUGCCGGAGAGAAGGGAGAGUCGGGUCCACCAGGAGCUGAAGGUCUUCCAGGCCCCGUGGGCCCUGCAGGUCCCCGAGGAGAAAGAGGAGCCCAAGGUGGUGCUGGUGAGAAAGGAGACCAGGGAUUUCAGGGACAGCCAGGCUUCCCAGGUCCACCGGGGCCCCCAGGAUUCCCAGGCAAAGCAGGACCAGCUGGCCCACCGGGCCCCCCAGCUGAGAAGGGAAGUGAAGGAAUUCGAGGACCAUCAGGCAUGCCGGGCCCUCCAGGACCUCCCGGACCCCCUGGCAUACAGGGUCCUGCUGGCCUCGAGGGACUAGAUGGGAAGGAUGGAAAGCCUGGUUUGAGGGGGGACCCUGGCCCUCCUGGACCCCCAGGACUCAUGGGACUCCCGGGCUUCAAGGGAAAAACAGGACAUCCAGGCCUCCCUGGGCCCAAGGGCGACUGUGGUAAACCAGGCCCUCCUGGCAGCAGCGGGCGGCCAGGAGCUGAGGGUGAACCUGGCCCCAUGGGACUCCAGGGAAGACCUGGACCACCUGGGCAUGCAGGUCCCCCUGGAUCUCCCGGCCAGCCUGGGCCUGCUGGGAUCAGUGGAAUCGGACUAAAAGGAGAUCGGGGAACCCCAGGAGAAAGGGGUCUUGCAGGUCUUCCAGGUGAACCUGGUGCCCCUGGGCACCCUGGACCCCCAGGUGAGCCUGGAUCCGAUGGAGCGACCGGCAAAGAGGGGCCUCCUGGAAAGCCAGGACCUUAUGGCCUUAUGGGCCCAAAGGGUGACCCUGGAUCUGCAGGACAGAAGGGCGAGCCUGGAGAGAAGGGGAGAGCCGGCAUGCCGGGGGGACCAGGCAAGAGUGGCUCCAUGGGCCCUAUUGGGCCACCGGGGCCUUCUGGCGAGAGAGGCCACCCAGGUUCUCCCGGGCCUGCUGGGUCCCCAGGGCUGCCAGGACUGCCUGGAACAAUGGCAGAUAUGGUGAAUUAUGAUGAAAUCAAGAGAUUCAUCAGACAGGAGAUCAUCAAAAUGUUUGAUGAGAGGAUGGCUUAUUACACAUCCAGGAUGCAGUUCCCUGUGGAGAUGGCUGCAGCCCCAGGCAGACCGGGACCCCCAGGCAAGGAUGGCGCUCCAGGCCGACCAGGCUCUCCAGGCUCGCCCGGACUUCCAGGACAGAUCGGCAGAGAAGGCCGGCAGGGCCUGCCAGGAAUGAGAGGUUUGCCUGGUACCAAAGGUGACAAAGGAGACACUGGCAUUGGCAUUGCUGGAGAAACAGGUCUCCCUGGGCCUCCAGGUCCCCAGGGACCCCCAGGGUAUGGAAAGCUGGGCCCAACUGGGCCCAUGGGUCAACAGGGGAUCCCUGGAAUCCCGGGCCCCCCGGGCCCCACAGGACAGCCUGGAAAGGCAGGCCACUGUAACCCUUCAGACUGCUUCAGUGCCAUGCCCAUGGAGCAGCAGUAUCCACCAGUGAAAAGCAUGAAGGGGCCAUUUGGCUGAAAUGAUGUGCUGGCCAUCGACAUUAAGGACUCUCGUGAGACAGCCAAAGCUCUGUGGUCCUUCUGACUGGUUGUGAAUGAUUUUUAAAAUUGCUGUUGAUAUUUUUUUAAAGAAAACACCUCCUCCAACACACACACAAACAUACACAUAUAACGUCCACCCAUACACACACACACACACACACACACACACACACACACACACACACACACCAACCACAAUCCCUGUUGGAACUUACCUCUCCAAAUCCCCUGUCUGUCCUUGUUCUCUGUAGGCCUGUUCCAGGUUCAAGAAAGGUAAUAUCCCUUGUCAUACACACUCAAGCCAGAAAUGGUCUGUAGUGAGACUACUGGAGGUGGUCCCUGACUCCAGAUUUCCUUUUUUUUUCAGCAGCUUCUCUUUUAGGUUUUUUUUUUUCCUUAUGUCUUAUUCCAUCAAGACAACAUCUCUGAGCCUCUUGCCCUCUCUUCCUUGGGAAGUUUCUCAGGAGGCCGGCAGAAGAAACUUGGCUCGGCCUUUGAGUGGCAAGAGAAGGGAAGAGAGGUUCAAAAAUGCUACUUCUGAUUCAGAGAGGUCCCCCUCACUCCCUUGCCUGAAAACAGUCUUGCCCUGAUGUUCAUCUCCAUAUGUAGACUGUGACCAAAAUUCUGCCUGGUUUAGCUCUCCCUGCACCUUGAAGAAUGCAUGAGUUUACACUCGGCUGCCUGGCAAUGCCUUCAAGCAUGUUAUCCCUUCUCAUCGGUUCAGUGGCUCACUGAUGAUUGAGGGCCUAUGCAAAAGGGUGAAAGAUAAUCGUAUGUCCCUGACAGAGGCAGCUAGGGAAUGCUUGGGGGAAAUGAGGUAGAACCUCCUGCCUGCAAUAAUCUCUAGCAUUGUCUUCAGAAAAAAAGCUUCUGACAACCCCCUUUUCUAAACUGCAAAUUGCAUCAGCUGGGAUUCUCACUCACUGCCUAUUUCCUUUACAAGGUAACCUGAAUCCCUUAUUUGGAAACCAGCUUGCAAUGGGCAUGUUGGGGUCUGUCAGUGUGGGAACUACCGAUUUUAUUUCUAAACCUCCGAUGAGCUAAGUCUGAUGGGAUUUGGUGAUAUGCCUCCUGACUGCCUUUGUACAAUGACCAGGUCAAAAAAAAAAAAAAAAAAGGCAUUAUAGAAAUAUUCCUGUCCCAGCUUCAUCCUCAUUCAUUUUUCCAAAUGCUUGAUCCCUCUGGCCCAGUGGGCUGAUUGCCCUGUGCAAAAAUAACUGGUGUCCAAAAGGAUUUCCAAAGAAAGCCGCUCAGUUGGAUCCAACCCUGGCUUUCUGAAAGUUUUAUUAGUAAUGGAUAAACUUCAAAGGCAGCACAGAGGCAGUAAGUUCAGAUAUUUAUCUCAAUCCCUUGAGGCUCACAAAUAGGAUGGCAAAUUGUUCCCAUGACAUUUCUGAAACUUCACUUUUCUAUAUGGGUCUGAAAUAACUGUGAGAACUGACCUUCUGGUAGUCAGAAGAAGCAGAGGUGUGCUGAUUAGGAAAGGAAUGGGACCCACCAGACUCCUCCCAAUUCCACAGUAUUUCCAGGGGGGCUCUGAGAUGUAGCUGGCUCUUGUUUUACAGGGAUGCUUUGUUUACAUGAAUUCCAGUGUACUCUAUUAAAAAAAAAAAAAAAAAAAAAA